UUUCAAGAUGGCGAAGUGUCGUAAACGGAAUUAAAGUUCCGAAAUCAUUAUAAUUGAAUAAUUGAAAAGACAGUGAUAUGUAUAUAUUUGUGUUGUACGGUUUAGGUGUAAAUGAUAAUUUGUAACCCUUCUGUGAUAUUGGGAUGGCCGAUGAGCAAGCAGAGCAAGAGCUACGAAGGAAUUUACAUAUAAUACAGUCAAUGAUUGAUGUAUCUGCAGAACGAUUAGAAGGGCUGCGUACACAAUGUGCAACAAGUGCAGAACUUACUCAACAAGAAAUAAGAACUUUAGAGGGAAAACUCAUAAAACUUUUUUCGAAUCAACUUGUUACAAAGUCGAAGUUGAAAACUGGAGAUCUAAAACACAUUCCCUCCUUAACUCAAUGGCUGCAAGUAGUAGGGUUAGGAAAAAAUUCUAUUCAAGGUCUCUGUCACAGGAUCUCUUCCGUUGAAGAGUUACAAGAGAAGUCUGAACAUGAACUUAGAACAAUAUUAAACGAUCGAAAUGCUAGGCCAGAAGAAUUAAGUCGACUUUGUAGGGCAUUACAUAAUUUAAAAAGAUAUACUGAUGUAUUAAAGAGGGGUGAUAAUGAUGCAACUGAUAUGCACCUUUAUUGGGACUCCUGGGAUCGACACCAUCACCNUAAGUCUGAACACUCAUAA